AUGUCCACGAAACAUUGCUUGCAGUAUGCGAAGUAUGCAAAGCAUCAAAUUUGUAGAGUAUCGUCAGCUUUGAGCAUCCUCUUCUUCUUGAUCCCUAAUCGCAUCAAGGAUUCAGAUAUCUUCAAACUUUUUGGGUGUAUUGGGAAUAUUGUUGAAGUGGUCAUAUUGUCGAAGAAAGAUUGGGAUGGAAAACGAUAUGGAUUUUCUAGGUUUAAGGGAGUGACAGAUGAAAGGGUCUUUGCUGUCAGGCUUGAUAAUGUGAUGAUUGACGGCAAGAAAAUACACGCUAAUACUCAUAGAUUCGUGAGGAAAUCUGAGGGUAUGAAAGGUGUAGGUAAAGUGGAGGUAAGAGGGUUUUCAACAAAGGUAAAUCUCAAGGUGCUUCUUGGAGGUAAAUCAAUGUUUAGGAAGGGAAUUUUCUUGUACGCAGAAGCUAUCGAUAAUAGAGCUAAGCAGCAGUCUACGAACCAAGGGGAGUCUUCUUGUUGCCUUAGUUUUGAGUCCAAAAAAGAGGACUUGUCAAGAUUAAGAAAAGAUUUUGUAGGGGUUAUUUUGAGUUAUGGAAUGACUUAUAAUAUUCAAUCAUACUUUGAUAUGGAGAGGUAUUUUUUCUACAAAGGUAACACCCUUAGGGGCUAA